AUGCAAAAAGAGAGUGAACAUUCACAGACUCUGCCACACAUGAACUACUGCAAUGUAACUGCCACAUUCUCCGGAAUUGGCAAUAUUAUUCUUGAUGUUAACAGUGUUGUGCUCACUGCAGUGGACCGGUACUCAUUGAACAUAGAGCAGUGCCCUUUCCAGACAAUUUUUCUCCAUUUUCAAUACAUAGUUCAAAACCUCAAGCAGUAUCAAUUAAAGGAUGUGCUUUUCUUCUAUGAAAUAACUGAGAAUCCAUAUUUUAAUCUUGCAAUUUCGAUGUUGGAUGACGGUACCUUCAUAACCUUCGACAAGAUUCGAGACACACUUGAGAAUACAAGAAUUGCAUUUGCAUUGUGCUGCUAUAAACGAUCCAAGCUUAAUGAUUUUCUAUCAUCAUCUGGUCUCUAUGUAGGACUGUUAGAUAUGCUUCUUUUUGAGGUUCCUUUUAUAUUCACACUGGUUUCCAGUCCAAAGGAAGUAAUUGAUCCGGAAGCCAACUACACAAGUGCCUUUUCAAAUGAUGUGUCUUUACACGAUCAGUCUGGCAGUGCUUUAGUUAGUUCCAAAGCAUAUAAUUUUGACAUUUCCUUAAUGGCCAAAGAGUUUUUUAAUUUCUCUGAAGAAUGGAUCUAUGAGGCAGGAAACUUCAAAAUUGACAAGGAAAUGGUCUAUUCAAUGCUGAAGCACAACUUUUCCAAAAGUAUUCUUGAUAAAAUAUAUUUUGAUGGUAGAAUAUUUAAGGGUUUAAGAAGAAAAAGAACAAAGCCAUCAGAUAUUGAUGCAAAUAGUAUUGAUAGAAGCAUUCUGGACAUAAGGACUGAAAAGCCCUGGUCUGGAAAGGACCUAGAUCUCAUAAUGCCGGCCAUUCCAGAGCAGAUCUCCAUGAAGCAUCUCGCAAACAUCAGAAGAUCAGCAAUGAGUCUUUAUGACGGAAAAUUUCAUUUCAGUACAAUAGUGAGGGAGUCAGCUGAAAAGCCAAAGAAAGUUAGUGGGAAGAUGCUUAAAAUAAUUCAGGAAAACGAGGAAAGGAUUAGAAAAGAAAAAGAGCAAGCGGAUAAUGUUUGGCUUAGGAACUUCUAUGAUGCAUAUGUUAAAGUGCCUAAUUUAAAAGGCAAAAAAUCUAUGCUGGAGAAAAUCAAGAUCAAUAACGACUAUAUCAACAGGAGAUUGCUACUUUUGAAAAUCGAGCUUUACUCUGAUAUUUGGAAUUUAGAAACAAGAAACGAGGAGGUUGAUGAGAAAGUCUUGGUUCCAUUGUAUCUUUCAUGUCUCAAAUACAUUGAAAACUAUGUGACAAAAGCCAAGUAUAAUAAAAAUGAGCUUGAGUUUGUUAUUACAAAACUUGUGGAGGCUAGAUUUGAGGCCACUGCUCUUGAAAUUCUUGAAAAGCUUGAGAUAAAACUGAAUAUAUCCUUCAGUCCCAAUGCCACAUCCGCUCCCAACGACUUGGAUCUUUAUUUUCAGCUGAAAUAUGCCGGAGAUCAUCUCAAGAGAACACUUGGUACACGCAAGGAUAAAAGAGUGCCAUUUGAUCCUGAUCAGUGGCAGGUAAACCUGCUAGAUGCUGUAGAUGCAAACAAAUCUGCCAUAGUUUCUGCACCAACUUCUUCUGGAAAGACAUUCAUAUGCUUCUACGCCAUCGAAAAGAUUCUUAGGAGCAGCGACACCGACAUGGUUGUGUUCUGCCUUCCCACAAAAGCACUAGUCAAUCAGGUUUCUGCAGACAUAUACGCUAGAUUUAAUUCAAAAAACAUUAAAGUUUCUCUUCAAGGCACUCUUAUGGCGGAUAGAUGUAACGACCCAUUUAACUGUCAGGUGCUGAUAACCGUGCCGGCGAUGUUAGAGUCAUUGUUAAAUAGCAAAGAUUGUUCUAAUAUUAAGUACAUUAUCAUUGACGAAGUACACAAGAUUAAUGACAGUUCCCUUGGAUUGAGGAUUGAAAGGAUCAUACAUCUUGCAAAGUGCCCACUUCUUCUCCUUUCUGCCACUCUCGGAAAUCUAGAUGGAUUCUACGAUUGGUUUAAAAACAUCGAAAAUUCUAAAGGCCGUGAAUGUGAGCUAGUGUACCAUGGAGAAAGAUAUUGCGAGUUAAAAUCUUAUGUAUAUACUGAGAAAAAGUUCAUUGAGGAUGAAGAGGAGGUUGACGAGAAUAAUCUCAAGGAUAUUCCCAUCAAGCCUGCAUUUGUGCCCCUGAAUGGUAUGUUCCCAUAUUCCUUCUCACAUCUUAAAAAUUUUGGAUUUGGCAAUGAUUUACACUUCUUACCCGAAGAGCUUCUAAACAUCUACCUUUAUAUUUAUAUGAUCUUGGAUGCAUCACAUAAGAAGCUGAUAAAACACUUAGCACCAAAAAAGUUUUUCCAAAGUAACAUCAUCUGCAAGGCCGAUAUCCGUGAGUAUCAGAAUCACCUUCUGACUACAUUUAGGAGCUGGGUCAGCGAAGGCAUCCUCAAUGAAAAGCAGGUUGAAGAAAUACACAAUCUUCUUACUGCCGAGGCACACGAUGCAUUUAAUUUUGACUCGUCUGAGAAUUACAUUGUUGACAAUAUUAUGAAGCUUCUAAACACACUUAAAGACUCUGACAUGCUGCCUGUUAUUGUUUUCAAUACUGAUCGAGACUUUGUUACAAGGCUAGCAAGGCUGGUGUAUGAAAAAUUGGAGAAAUCUGAUAUUAAAAAGAAGAAGGAUAAGCUUAUGGAAUCACUAAAGAAAGAGGCCAAAAGGACACGGGAUUUGGAGAAGACGAAGACCUCUUGGAUUGAAGAAUCCAUUGCUGCGGAACAGAUGAUUGAACCCGAGCAGAGAGACAUCAGGUUUACCUUUUUGGAUCCAAUCACAAAGCUUACGGACUAUGAAGUUAAAGAGGAGUUUGCAGAUAUUAAAGGCAUACCAAAAGACAUUCUAGACAUGGCAUUUAGGGGGAUUGGAAUUCACCAUUCUGCGAUGAACAGAAAGUACCGAUCAGCCGUCGAGAUUCUCUUUAGAAAAAAGCAUAUUAGGGUUCUCUUUGCAACGGAGACACUAGCCUUGGGUAUUAAUAUGCCAUGCCGAACAGUUGUAUUUGCCGGGGACUCACUUCAGCUCGAUCCCAUGAAUUAUAAGCAGAUGAGCGGGAGAGCGGGAAGACGAGGGUAUGAUACUCUUGGCAAUGUUGUAUUUUUUGGCAUUCCAAAGCAUCGGGUCCAAAACCUAAUGGUAAGCAUGCUUCCUGAAAUACAGGGCGCCUAUGUAUAUAGCAACACCAGCCUGGUUUCUUUCAACAUUGAGGAUUCCCUGGUGAAAUAUCCCCUACUGUCAGCAAACAGGGACUACCUGAGGAUUAAAGAGAUUAAAGAAGAGCUAGAAAACCUAACAACCAGUGCCGUCAAGGAUUCAAAACACAGGAGUGCCAAUAUUGUUACUACUCUAGAUGUUUUGAAUACGCUGGAAUCGAGAAAGACUCUUGUUAAUUACCAAAAGUCUAUCUAUUCCCAUAUCUUCCCAUCGAACUAUCUUUGGGAUUUAUUUAUCACCAACCGUGAGUUUGACCCCUCAAUUUUCAUAUUUGCUGUUCUAUUCGAAAGCAACAAAAUUGCCUGGACGUCAGAUGAGUUUAUGAACGUGGUUGCACAUCUUUUUGAAGUACGGCUUGUUCAUCCACAGUUUGAAUAUUCGCUCAAGCCACUUUCGGACGAUCUUGAAAGAUGCAUCUCCCAGAUAAACAUGAUCUAUUUGCAUGACAUUAGUAAAUUCUAUCCGCCUGUGCUUAAAGUGCUGCAAGGGCAGACAAGAAAGCCGCUGUUCUACCUCAAUUCGCUGUUGUACACUAUUUCUGAGAAGAAAAACUCAUAUAUUUUUGAUUUCUACCAGCACGGAUCCAGCUUUAAAAUUAGAAAGUAUAAUUUAAUAACGGAAGGCGAGCUUUGGCAAUCAUUGAACAACAUUGAAGCUUUUUUCAAAAGCUUUAUUUGCUUAUUAGAAACAUACUACGGGGCCCAAGAUGAAAGAUUAAAGAAGGUUAGACUGAUAUAUGCAGAGUUUAACAGGAAGUUCCAACAAAUUUUUGCUUAA